AUGGCGUUGGUGGCACCUCAGUGGAUACCCAUUCCAACAAACGCAAUACCCAGGCCGAAAAAGAGGAAGAAAAGGAAAAUGGCACUGAGGAAGAAGAAGACGUACGUUCCUCUCUUACCACAACGCGCUUAUUAUGAUGAGGCUCUUCCUUUUCUCUUUUUCCUCCCCAGCACCACCACCACUCCACCACGGCGCGUAAUAUGGCAGGCGCGUGAUUCGGAUGCCGUAAAGAACCGCUCUCCAACAAAUUUCCUAGUAUUCGCCAAGCCUCCAUAUACAUAA